CAUUUGAUUUGUUUAGCUAUGUUUUUGUUGACAAAACAAAAUCCAGUUCUUUGUUUAAAAAAAUAAUAUAAUUAAAUUAAGAACACGUUUUCUAAAAAAAAACAGCAACUACAAAAAUGAGUACAGAAUUGUACGCUUCCAAUAAAACUCAAAUAGAACAUAAUGGUUUUGAAAAAAGUACAACCUACAAAACAAAAUUGGAGCCAGAACUUAUGGAAUGCGGGAAAGUUUUUUUAUGCUUCAUAUCCGAAGAAUUUGUUUUCUUCUGUGGCUUUUGUAAAAAUGAAACUUCUAAAUAUACAAUUUUUGAAGAAUUUGCUAAUCACAUCAGAAAAAGUCACUUAACGCUUUCAAAUGAUAACCAUCCAAAUGAUGAAGUUUAUAAAAUGUGUACUGAAAUGGAAGAUAAAAAGCUAUCCCCUGAACAUCAAGUAUCAUCGGAAUUUGAAAUAGAAUACCUUAAUUAUGACGAAGAAAUAGAGAAAAACAAUGUGAAAGAUAAUUUUGAUAAGACAAUAGAAUUGGGUCUAAGUGAUGACGGUCCCCGGACACCUCCUCAGACGAAGGAUAUGCUAGCCCAAUGGCCUGACCAGCAAGUUCUACAAUUCAUAGAACUCUGCCAUCAGCAAGAGUGUCUUUGGGAUGUAGAUUCUAAAUUAUAUCACAAAAGCAAAGUGAAAGAAAAAGCCUAUCAACACAUCUUCCAAAAAUUUAACGAUCUCAAUCCAAACGUCCUGGAUGGUGUCGGAUCAGUUAAAAAUGUAAUCAACGAACUACUUGACUUGAGUGAUAUUGGCGAGGAACAAGAUCAAAACAAUGAAGUAUCAUCAAGUCGUGAAAUUUUUGAAAAGCUUCAGUUACUUAAAAAUUCACCUAGGGCCAAAUCAAUCGAUAUUUCUGACAUCACAUAUGCCAGUGAAAAUGACCAAAAUAGUUUUGACGAAGCGGACAGCAUUGAUCUAGAUAUGAAUUCUGACAAUGACAGCUCAAUUGAAAUGAAUAACUUAUCCGACACUGGAAAAUUGUCUUCCAAAGUGAAAUACUGCCCAGUUUGUCGUGUUAGUUUUGAAAGUAUCAAAGAUUUAAAAACUCACCUAAGUGACCUGUUUUCUAAUUUACAAAAGAAAUCCUGUGAUACUUGUGGGGCUAAUUUCAAGGACCGAAAAAGCCUGGUAGCUCACCUUCGCACUCAUAAAAAGGAAAAACCUUAUCUGUGCGAAGUUUGUUCAAAAAGUUUUGCAACAUUGAAUGAAAUGGAAUUACAUUCUGCAAAGCAUAGUGAAGAAUUGCCAUUUGUGUGUGAAACAUGUGGAUUGCAGUUUAAAUAUUUGAAUAAUUUGGAAAGUCAUAAACUACUGCAUGGCGAACCGUCAUUUGAGUGUACCGAUUGUAAUAAGAAAUUUUUCUUAAAACGUCAUCUUGCUUAUCAUCUACUUAAACAUGGCCCUACAGAAUCGGCAACUUGUGAUAUAUGCAAAAAAACAUUUCGAAACAAGGAUUCGCUUUUGCGACACGAAAGAAAAAUACAUAAGAUCAUGAAACGGCGACGACGUUAAAUAAAAAUAAUUAUGACUUGAAGAACCAAAGCAAUCUGAAUAAUAAAAG